AAUAUUUUAUUUUCUAUUUACUAUUUGCAAACUAUUAUUUCCAAGUUGUUAAAAUGUACUUGCUAAAAAUAUAUUUAUCACUUCUCAAAACUAAUGCAUAUUUUUCAAUUAUAUUAUUUAUAUAAAUAUUUAAAAUAAAUAUUUAUUAGUGGUGAAAAUUAAUAUUGUUUGUUUCGAGCCUAGUCGAUAAAGUUAAUAUUUUAAGAUAAUCGAAGUUGUGUUUCCUUUUCCGCUGUUACAACCAAAAUGGUAGGUCAAAAUGGAAUUUCUAAUAUAAUGUUUACAAUCCUUUAAUCUUAUUCUCUAAUAUAUCAUAUGGACAUUUUUACAACUUGUUAAACAUUAACUGUUAAAUUGUCAUAUGUGAUCACUAAUUAUUUUUAACUAUGGUGGGUCUUGAGUAAAAAUACGUUUAAUUUCCUGUUUUGUAAAGAUCUUGUUUUUUGUAACAAUUAAAAAGGAAGCAAGGUUUUAAACACUUUUGCAUAGGGCUAAAAGUCACAUCAUUGAAAUUAUUUAGAUUUUGUAGUGGAUAACUAGCAUCUAUGUGUUUUGAAAUAGUCAACCUACUAAAUAGCACUCAGUUACACCUUAUAGUUUUAUAACUAGAAGAGUGGAUCUCUUGCCAUCGAACAUUCACUUUCAGGUCUUUCACAUACUUGAUUAUUGAUACCAGCACCACACAAACUAAUCAACGAAUUAGUCUUAUUCAGAAUUUCAUUCAAUUAGGACCCCAAUUUUACUAUAGCCUUUUCAAACUUUUUGGUAAGGAAGCAAGAAGUAAUAUAAGCUAAACCUAAAUUUGUUAUUCAUAUUCAAAGUUAAUGUGGGAGAGUCCAUGAUUCAACAUUAGUUGAAUAGUAUUAAUUAAUGGUGCCCUGGCCCUAGGCAUGUUUACUAAAGGACUAUAGAACUAGGCCCUAUUGUAAUAUAUUUGUGCUAUAUGUAUAUUAUGUUGAUGCUUGGCCUAUGUAUAACAUAUUCCUAGUAUUUAUGAUAAUUGUCUUUUGGUUUGUUAGCUAGGCUUGCUUUUAGUAGCAGCAGUUCACAAUGAAUGAUUGAGAAAUUAACACACUUGUUAGUUUAUCAAUGAUUCAUUUUGAUUAUUAAUGGCAAGGGUGGCGUUUACUUUGACAGUGGCCAUUAUUUUAAGUAUAUCUCUAAUUCUUUCAGGCUCGUGUCCGUACCAAGACAGUUAAAAAAGCAGCACGUGUGAUAAUUGAGAAAUAUUACACAAGGCUGACUGCUGACUUCCAUACAAACAAGAGAGUAUGUGAAGAAAUUGCCAUCAUUCCCAGCAAAAAGCUGAGAAACAAGAUUGCAGGGUCAGUCUAUUUUAUGCUGCUAAAAUUUAAAGUAAAUUCAUUAUUUUCAAGCCAAUAAGAUGGAUGAUGUUUCUUUGUUUUUUUUCGAUCAUAACAUUUGUAAUUUGGCAGUGUCUACACGUCCGGCGCGCCGGACGUCUAUCUCCCGCACUAUGUGUCCGGCGACCAAGUCACAUGACCGCCGUAACAAAGUGGCGAGAGAUAUCGUGUCGGUCAGCCCUGUCACGUGACUGCGAAUAAUUCAAAACUAUUGUUAAUUUUAAAAUCUAUUUCUCUACCAAGUAAUGUACUGAGUAUCUUGAAUGCAAAUAAUAGAAAAAGAAACUUAAGUGAAAGUGGCUUGUACACAUUUUUGUUUAGUUUGUUAUUUUUUAUGUACCAGUAAAUUAGGGGCCAGUGUGGCAACCAAUAAAAGUUAAAGAUUUCAUUUUAAAUUAUUUCAAUUGCUACAAAAUAUUUAAAAACUUCUCAUGAAACUACUGUUGCUGCGAACAUGAUAAUAUAAAUAUAUACAAAAUAUUUUAAUUAAAAUGGGAAGAAAAAACACGACCCUAUCCCCGGUAUAGAUCCUCAAACAUUCCUAUCGUCAAGCAACCACUCUACCACAAGACCAGACAAGAUGUACUAAAUCGCACUUCGUUUGGAAUUAUAAAAACUACUAGCCGUCCGGCCAUGUCCGGCGGUCACGUGACAAGUCGCCGGACGUGUAUCUUGCGCACUACACGUCCGGCGCGCCGGACGUGUAGACACUUCGUAUAAUAUAAUGGUCAAAACUGAUACUUUUCAAACUCGUGUUAAAGACAUAAAAGUAAGAUAAUUCGUCAGAUAAAGACUUAAACUUUAUUCACAUAUUCAUAUCAAUUGUACUCCUUUAAAACUAUUUAUGAAAAGAAGAUUGCAGUUUGAGUUGUUUUUUUUGAGAAAUUAAAAUAAUACUGAUAGGCAGUUUCCUUAGGCUUAUUAGAGUAGGUUUUUUUUUUUUUCCAUUUGAAUUUAUCAGCCUUUUUGGAUUUUAAAGUAGUAUUAUGUCUCCACCUUUAUUUUGAACACAAAGUUGUGCAGAUAUCUUUAAUAAGAUUAUUUGUGGCAAAUGUACUCAGGCUGCUGAAUUGCUUUUGCAACUCUUUAUCUUUUUAUAAGUUUCCAGUGUUGCAGAACUGGAAACUCAUAAAAAGAUUAAGACACAUCUACAGAAGUAUGCAUCGCUCAAUGAUUAUUCUUUUUUUAAAACAGAUUUGUCACUCAUCUGAUGAAGAGGAUCCAGAAAGGACCUGUUAGAAAUAUUUCUAUCAAGCUUCAAGAGGAAGAGCGUGAACGAAGAGAUAACUAUGUUCCAGAGGUUUGUGCUUUUGAGCAUAUAAAAUAGACAAACAUUUUACCCCUAUUGAUUUGAUCUUUGUAUUCAAAUUUUAUGUACCUCUCAUGACUUUCUGAAACCUUAAAGUGCAGUGAUUAGUAUUGACUUUAUCAAGGCUUCUAAAUCUUUUUUGCUGCACAGCAACCCCUUUUUUUUAUUUCAAAACAAAGGAAACUCCCUUCGCAGAUGAAAGAUACAUUUUAAUUAACACUAUCUGCAUCUAAUAAGUAGGGGUGUGCCGGAAUCCGGUUCCACCGGAUUUUGCACUAUCCGGUGAAAUCCGGUUCCGCCGGAUUUACAUGUAUCCGGAACAACCGGAUUCCGGAAUAUACCGGAUUUCGGAAUUUGCCAGAUUUUGUGACUCACCGGAUCAUAAUCUGAAAUAAAAGUAAUUCUCUUUCCCGAAUUCCACACAAUCACGAUACAUUAAUCGAUUGUUUCGAGCGUUGAGCUUGUUUAAUGUUUAAUAUUCCGUACAUACCAGAGGCUAGAGUCAGCACCGCUAAUAGUGGCCAAUAGUGUAGGGACUUUGAUAAGAAAAUUUAAACUUUUUGUAAAAAUAAACCAAUGGCAUAGUUGAAAAGAUGUAAUUUUUUAAAGAAUUAUAACACCAAAAUCAUAUUUUUAGCUGUUGUAGUUUUAAAGUUAUGAAUUUUUAAAGUACGACUUGGUUUGUCAUUUUUUAACAUGGACUGCAUCUCCACAUUCUGUGAUCUCAUUCCGCCAAUCCCGUCAUGCGCAAUGACUAUAUAGUUUAUAUAAGGCAACGCAUUCCCUGCCUUAUCACUAAAAUACUGUUUAGACUUAGUUUAAACUUUCAACUUUGGCACAUGAAUAAUUAAUUAAAGCUUUCCCUGACCAAUGGUUUAAUAGUUUUUGCACACGGCAAACUCUUAUGAAUGAAACUCUGAGGUAGUACUACGAUACAGUUAUGCAAGUGGCUGUGAAUGGUUGCCAAUGACAACGUGUUGCACACGGUAAAUUCUGAUCAUUUAUAAUAUGGAUUCUACCGGGUUGUUAAAGCUCAAAUUAAAACAUUCCAGUUUAAAUGUCUUUAAAUGCAUUCUGAAACACAAGUUAUCAAUUAUUUUGAUGUAAAUAGUGAUAAUAAAUUAAUAUUUCCUAAGUAUCGUCAACUUCCGCCAUUAAAAAGGGGGGCGUGGCCAACCCCAUGGCGAAAUUAGGUUGAGCGAGCUGCAUAACCUGCUGCGAACGCGUAGAAACAUGGCGUCUCUCGUAAGACACUUAUCCAAAUGGAACGGAACUCAAAUAUAUAUCGAAAGUACUAAUUUAAUAAUAAAUAGACACACACAUCGGAAAAUUAAAAACUCGGAUUUUUUGGCGCCGAUUGCGAAUUCCCAUACACAAAAAGUAGUAGUCCACCUUGACUUACCGAAGUAUCUACCAAUAGUACCAAAAUCCGGAAUCCGGGAGAAACCGGAAUCCGUAUCCGGCGGAUUUCGCAUAAGAAAAUCCGGAUCCGGUUGGAAAAAACGGAUCCGGCACACCCCUACUAAUAAGCAAUAUAGUAGGUGACUAUUCAGAGUAUGUAGAAUUUAACCUAAUGUGCUAAGAAGGUCUAAAAUUCAGCAUAUGUAGUUCUGAAAAUGAAGAUGAAUCGAGGAUUGAUAUGGAUAAAAAUGCAUUGACCUUGUACUCAAAUUCUGACCAUACUGAUAAUGAAACUGAUGACAUGUCAGUGACCAAGACAUAGUGACUGAGAUAUUUUCUCUUUGCCCAGUGUCUGAUAAGAUGGAUAUAACUUCUGAGAAAGAAGUUAGCAUUUAUAAUAUUCUAAUUGAUAUUGAAAGCAGUCCUAUAGAUCAGCGUUCCCCAAAUGGUGGCCUGUGGACCGGCACCGGUCCGCAACCUUUGCGACUGAAAUUAUGGUGGAGCUUAUUGUUGUAGAGACGCUGAGCUAGAGCUGCAUAACAGUGUUACUUUUUCCUGCUUUAUUAUUUACUCUCUGAAUUGGUCAGCCACCAUUUUCUAAGUUGAGCACCCUUCAUGACAAGUUAAAAAAAAUUGCCUCUGUAGGAGUAACCAUUUCCACUAAUAAUUGCCCAGCACAACUUCCUUGACAUGGUGGCUGGAGCUAUGCACUGUUAACAAAUGCACAAAUGCCUUCAAGAUGCUGCAAUUUCAGUAGUUAAUUUUGGCUCCUAAUGUAUAUUUUAGUGUUAGUGGUUAUUAAGGUAAGGUAGUUACCAUUUCAUUAUGUUUAUGACUGUAUCAUGAACGUUUGAUAUUAAAAUUACAUCAUGAGUAAUAUCAACAGAUCUUAAAUAAGAAGUAAUAGUGUCACAGUGAUACAUGACAGUCUGGUUCACAUACUUCAAGUAAAAUAUGAAUUUACUUGUCCUUAGACUACACAUAAAACAUAGCACCUAGUUGUGAUUAUUAAAAAUAGCUCUUGACCCUGGGGGUAGGUUUUAUCUAGCUUUUGCGGUAGGGAGCCAAAGGUGGCAUGUGAUAAUUUUUAUGAUUAUGGAAAAUUUUGACCAUAAUAAUGAGGAAACAAUUGGAAAUCACCAAAUACUUUUUUUUUCACGUAUUGGCUUUGGCAAAUACUAUUUCAAUUCAUGGGGAUCAAUGUUUACAAUUUCAAAAUAUUUUAAAAUAUUCCAUAAACUUUUAAAAUGGGUGGCUGGAUGACUUUGCAUUCUAACUUAUGUCAAUUUCAAACUACUUGACUGAUGUAAAAAAAAAUCCAAAUUAAAAGAAAAACAUUAGCAGCACCCAAUAGUUUUAGCCAGAAAAGAAUGCUACUUCAACUUAAUUUCCAAGUUUUAAUAUAACAAGAAAAAUCUCCCCUCGGAUGUGCAUGCAUUUACAGCCUUCCUAUAUGAAUAAAUCACAACUUUUAAAUAAAAAUAGCUCAUUAAAGUCAGAUUUUCUCGUUGUACCUUAAUGAUAAAAUCCCUCUAUUUGGAUAAAAAUUGUAUAGAAAUAUGUUGAGGGACUGUUAGUAUUAAUCCACUCAUAAGGCGAGCCCAUAUUUCUACAUAGCAUGAAAUUAAAGACCCUUAUAAGGUACUGGAUAGAUUUUAAAGGGGAUUGAAAUCUUUCGAUUGUAUCUGUAGCUGAUAAAAAAGGGAGUUUUUAAGUUAUUCUUUGUAAUAAUUAGUUUUUAUGACUCAUUUGGUAAGAAAGAAAUGUUACUAAUCUACAGUGGUUUAACAACGUAAGCCAUGGGCUCAUUGAAUUUUAUUGCACUUUACAAAAUCUUGAUCUUAUGUUUGUGACCAGAUAUCUGAUUUUUAUAACCACUGAAAUGCUUCUCAGACUUAUAAAUUAAAAAUCCUUCGUCCUAAUACUUUUCUCAGUUCCUGUUAUCAGUUGUUGAUUUGUACAAAUAUGAAAUGGAAUAUAUUUUAAUGAAAUUCAUGUAGCAUGAAGUUUUUAGAACAUUCUGAAUUUUUUAGUACUGGUAUUGUACAUACUAUGAUUUAUGCAAAUUUGUGUCUACAUUUUUGUCAAGCAUUCAAUACAUAUGUUUGUAGCUAAAUUUUGCAACUACUUUUAUUACAGGUUUCUGCUCUGGAAAUGGAUAUUAUUGAGAUUGAUCCUGACACAAAGGAGAUGUUGAAGACAUUGGUAAGCUUAUUUUGUAGUCUAAUAAUCUCUACUAGUAUGUGAAAAGUUUUUAGUUAUUUGACUCAGUAAAUUUAUAAGUAUAAUUUGACUUUAAGUACACAUGAUGUUGAAUUAGUUCAACGUUAAAGUUUGCAACUUAUGAUUACAAUGGAGAUAUUUCCCAUUGCGUUGUACUCGGGGAAAUUCCUUAACUCAUUCCCGACGGUUGCGACUAAAUGCGUCCUCGGGGGGUUCCUCCUGAUGCGUCCAAAUGCGUCCCGGCGUAUAGCGACACACCUCUCUUAUUUUUAGUUAAUAAUAGCAAUGAAAUCUCGCACCCCUCGAGACUUCCGGCUAUGGCGUGAUUUUAAUUUAGAAACCGGAAGUUUUUAUCUUGUUUCACUUUAAAACUACGUGUGCUUUAGUACGGCGCGUCUAUAUGUACCAUGUGAUCGUCCGAGGUGCCGAAAAUCGAUUUUUUUGGCCAUUGUUUGUUAUUUUUCCCCCGCUAAUGUUAUAUUUAUAUUAAACCUUAUUCAUUUUUUGUUGCAUUUGUUCUUAAUUCAUUAACAUUAAAUAAUAUUUAGCAACUUACAAAAAUAUUUUAAAAAUAUAAAUCAAUUUCAAAACUGAGUUGCUUCCCUUUUCUCAGGGAAAUAAAUUAAGUCCGGAAGCAGCGCUGCCGGAGGGAAUGAGUUAAUGGGCGCUAUGAUACUGAAAGGGUUAGCAAGGAUUAACUCAUUCUCUCCGGAAGCAGCGCUGCUUCCGGACUUAAUUUAUUUUCCUGAGAAAGGGAAGGAACUCAGUUUUGAAAUUGAUUUAUAUUUUUUUUUUUUAAAUUUUACGUUGCUAAAUAUUAUUUAAUGUUAAUGAAUUAAGAACAAAUGCAACAAAAAAUGAAUAAGGUUUAAUAUAAAUAUAACAUUAGCGGGGGAAAAAUAACGAACGAUGGCCAAAAAAAUCGAUUUUCGGCACAUCGGACGAACACAUGGUACAUAUAGACGCGCCGUACUAAAGCACUCGUAGUUUUAAAGUGAAACAAGAUCAAAACUUCCGGUUUCUAAAUUAAAAUCACGCAGAAAUCACGCCAUAGCCGGAAGUCUCGAGGGGUGCGAGAUUUCAUUGCUAUUUUUAACUAAAAAUAAGAGAGGUGUGUCGCUAUGCGCCGGGACGCAUUUGGACGCAUCAGGAGGAACCCCCCGAGGACGCAUUUAAUCGCAACCGUCGGGAAUGAGUUAAUAAACCGUGAUAGUGUAUGGUGUUCCAGUUUGAUAUAAUUUUAGGGUUAAACUUUAACAUAGGUUUCAAUUUUAACUCAUUCCCGACGGUUGCGACUAAAUGCAUCCUCUGGGGGUUCCUCCUAAUGCGUCCUCUGGGGGUUCCUCCUGAUGCUUCCCGGCGCACAGCGACACACCUCUUAUUUUUAGUUAAAAAUAGCAAUGAAAUCUUGCGUCUCUCGAAACUUCCGGCUAUGGCAUGAUUUCUGCGUGAUUUUAAUUAGAAACUGGAAGUUUUAUCUUGUUCCACUUUAAAACUAAGUGGUGUUCGUCCGAGGUGCCGAAAAUCGAUUUUUUUUUUUGCCAUUGUUCGUUAUUUUUCUCCCCGCUGACGUUAUAUUUAUAUUAAACCGUAUUCAUUUUUUGUUGCAUUUGUUCUUAAUUUAUUAACAUUAAAUAACAUUUAGCAACUUUAAAAAAUAUUUUAAAAAUGUAAAUCAAUUUUAAAACUGAGUUGCUUCCCUUUUCUCAGGAAAAUAAAUUAAGUCCGGAAGUAGCACUGCCGGAGGGAAUGAGUUAAAUUAUUGAUACUAAAUUUUUGUUUCGUGCUUUAUAUUGGAUAGUGGAGCAAGAUAUUAUUUUAGAUAUGUUAAGGCUUUAAAUAAACAGUUAAGUGGACAUUCAUGCCAGAUGCCUUCUUCAGCAGUCGAAACAUGUUUUCGAAGCUCUCAAUAAGGUCAAUUUAUUUGUUGAAUGUACUGGUACACAACAGGAAGUUUCCUUUUAUUCUCCGCACAUAGAAAAGCAUUCAGUUAAAAUGUCCGCUUAAUUUUCUGAUAUUAUAUUUUCAAGCCAAUACACUACCUGUAUUUAUUUAUUUGCAUGACUUGAACGAAGUGGCUCAUAACCUUUAUAUUUAAAAAAAAAUACAUUUCCAAAUGAAUUUAUUUUGGACCUCUGUUGACUAUUCCUACUUUAUCAUUUAUUCUGAAUUUUCUCAUUUGUUAAUUCUGUAUUUUUCAGGACUUUGCUAAUCUGCCCCAUCUUCAAGUAACACAGCCUACUCCAGCCUUUGUUGGCAGGGCACCACCUACUGGCCCCAGGACCUAAUUUAAUGAUGACUAAGACUAAAUAAAAACUUUGUUCUUCAAUGGCAUGUGUUGUCUUUUAUAUAUU